AUGCCACCGGAAGGGAAAGUUAAUGUCAGAUGGAGGAAGAGGAACUUUCAGGGUUGUUUUAAUUUCGUUGCAUCAUGCCGCGUCACGCGUCCUCCUAUCAUCAAUGAACAAAAAUGUGAGGAAGGCAACAAAAGGAAGGGAAGCUAA